AUGAAGUGGCAGCAGUGCGUUAUUGAUUUCGCUAUCGUCCUGAUAACGAUCCCUUCGCUUGUCGUCGUGGCACUGCUACUGGAAUACAUGAUGAACCAUACUGGCUGGUCGGAGCAGCUGGAAACGCAGAUCAUCAUGGUCACCCUAGCUGUGGCCUUCUUCUUGAUCUGCAUCAUGAUCUCAGUCUACCUGACGCACCGGGUCGGCAACUGCCUCUGGGCUGGACCCCAAAGUGAUCAGCAAUCGAUAUACUCAAUCGAACGAGGCCACAUGGGAGACUAUCCGCACAACGCAACACCACCACCGACCUACGAAACGAUUAUGGGUGACCACGAACCACCGUCCUACGAGAAGAUUAGCAAGAUCUUCUCUCCACAAGAACCACCACCAUCGUACGCCGCCACAAUCGCGCUCGAUCGCGACAGCACGGUGCACAUUUGA